CCAAAGCAGGCCAGACCAGGAGUGCCAAGCACUACCCCCCCCCCCCCCCCACCAAUUUUGUCACAACUUGGGCAAGACUACUAACGCAAAUAAUUAUGGCUGUAUAUAAUUAGUGGUCACAUCCCCCUUGCAGAUUACCGUUCAACAGCCAUAUUCCAACGUCUUUUAAGUGGUAACGCAAACACAUUCUUAAAUCUUAAUUCAAAAUGGGUAAAGUCGCUGUAGUUGGAGGCACGAGCAGCGUAGGACGGGAGGUUAUUGACGCCAUUAUCAAAAGGGGCAACCAUGAAGUGACUAUCCUCAGUCGAAGGGCUGAACGUCCGGCCGACCUGUCACCCGUGGUUCAAAUGGCCCAGGUGGAUUACAAUAGCCACUCUUCUCUCGUUUCGACUUUCCGUGGUAUUGAUACGGUCAUAUCCUUUGCGACCGCGAUGGAUUUUGACGCAAAUGUGAAACUCGAGAAAAGCAUCAUUGACGCGGCCAUCGAGGCUGGCGUCAGCAGAUUUGCUCCUUCCCAGUGGGCUGCCAAUAGCCAGAACCACAUUACCCACUACCAGUGGAAAAACAGGGUGGCAGAUUACCUAGCAGAAGUCAAUUCUAAGGGAAAGGUCAUUCAAUACUGUCUUUUCCAACCUGGCUUCUUUGCAGACUAUUUUGCGCACCCGCGCAGCACGACAACUCACUUCCAUAGCAUGCCGAUGCUAAUUGACUUCGAAAACCGACGAGCCAUCACUGUCUCUGGAUGCGAAGAUGCGCCCAUAACGAUUACGACCGUUGCAGACCUGGCAUUGACUGUGGCUGCAGCCCUAGAUUAUCCCAAGCCUUGGCCGGAAGUCGGCGGUAUUCGUGGAACACAAACAACAGUCCGGGAGAUCAUAGCAUUGGGAGAAAAGCUGCGGGGCCCUUUCGAGGUGACACGACUCGAUGCGAAGGAUGUUGAGGAUCAUAGAAUUGAGACGUCGUGGUAUCCACUAAUUGAUCACCCAGGUGUUCCAGUGGACAUGCGGGAGGUUGUAUCAAAGGGUGUUCUACGGGAAUACUUGCUGAGCAUGUCUAAAGGGGAAUGGUCUGUAUCAGAUGAGUGGAACAAACUGUUGGAUUUGCAGUUGGAAAGCAUGCACAAGUACCUAGGAGAGGUUUGGAAAUAAGUGUAACAUAAGAUAGCGAAGGCGCAGUAAAGAGAACAAUUACAUAAUAUGCUUGCUUCUCUCGCUUGCGUCUUAGAGGUAGAAUGAUU